AUGGCGAUCGUGUCAGAUGACGAGAUUCCGUCAGAGCGAGAGGUCUACACUUCAGACACCACCAGCACUGAUGACGACAAUUUCCAGCCGUUCGCGCUACCUGACGUAGGAGUUGAGCCUGCUGAUGGCCUUCCUGCCGGGGAUUUACCACUUGCGGUGAUCCCUGCUCCUAUACCGCUUGAUGUUUAUCCAGUCGUAGACAUGCCACUCGAUGUUGUUUCUGACGACGACGUCGAUCUAUUUGAGGAGGACCCACCUGAGGCUGACCAUGAGGGCGGGGCCCCUAUUGUUGCUGAUGUUAUUCUACCCAUUGCUGAGGCCCCUGCAGAGGAGCUUCCUGCUGAUUCACCUGUCCCAGAUUCCUUUGAGUCUGUGGCAUCUGCGUCCUUACACACUCAGGGAGUGCAGCAUCACUCUUCAGACGCCGACCCCGACAUGGCGUUAUCAGCUGCACCCGGUCCCGCACACGACUUUGAGUUUGAUCACGAGGAGAUCGAGUUCAUUCACUUGGAUCAGCCUCUAGAGGCACCCGUAGCUCCUAUCGAUCCUUUGUUUGACGACCAUGCUGACUUCGAUAUGGAUCUUGUUGACCCGGAGCCUGCUGUGGCCCCAGAGCCUUUAGCUGCUCCUGACCCUGCAUUAGAGCAUGGCCCUGUUUAUGAUGAUGCACCAGCCAUUGUACCCUUUGUUGAUGAUGUACCCGUUGCUGACGCUCCUGUUGACGCUCCAUUCUUGAUAGAGGAUCUUGUUGUUGCACCAUUUCCUGAUCCUGUGCCGGUGCUGUUCGACCGUGCACCUUUUGCUACUCAUGGAGAUCCACGUUACGCCGACACCCGUAACGGGUGGAUCGAUGACGAUUACCCACCAUUUGUGUUACCUGUUACACAUCUAGUAGUCCCCGUUUCAGCACCCAUUUCAGCACCCACUGAUAUCCCAUUGUUUCCCCCACACUCCGCAGACGCUCACAGCACUGAUCUCCCUAUUAUGUUCCUUCAGGACAUACCGCCGCUGCGUUGA